AUGGCCCUGAUCUUGGUUCUCACGUACCGUGUCAGUGGAAAUUCAGACGAUCCUCUUUUAAAAUGUUUACAAGACCCUAAUUAUGAUGAGCUUCUGUGGAUAACGGAACAUGGUCUCCCUCCAACGAAAACUCCUCAGCAUGUGAUAAUUGUUGGCGCAGGUGCUGCUGGACUUACUGCUGCUAAGUUUCUGGAAGAUGCAGGACACAAGGUGACAAUUAUUGAGGCCAGUCAACGUAUAGGUGGAAGAAUUCUAACAUAUAGAGAUGAGAAAGAGAGCUGGUAUGCGGAACUCGGUGCCAUGAGGAUCCCACAUUUUCACAAGAUUAUCUUGACAUUAGCAGAAAAGUUGAGGCUGAAGCUUGGGACAUUUGUGCAGGAAGACAAUAACACUUACUAUUUAAUAAAUGGCAUGCGUCACAAAACCUACACCGUCAGGCAGAACCCAGAUGUUCUCAACUACACUUUGAAUGAAUGGGAGAAGGGGAAAAGUGCCAGUCAACUAUUUAACAUAGCACUGGGCAAGUUAAAAGAUGAUCUGCAGAAAAUGGGCUGUAAGAAAAUGCUGGAGAAAUAUGAUUCAUACUCUGUUAAGGAGUAUUUAGUGAAUGUGGGAAAUUUAAGUAGAGGAGCUUUACGAAUGAUUGGAGAUGUCCUAAAUGAGAACAGCUUCUACUACGUAGGCCUCACUGAAAUGCUUUACAUUCAGUAUGAUAUAUCCGACAACGAAAUGUAUCAUGAAUUUAAAGGUGGCUUUGAUUCAUUCUCGGAAGCAUUCUACGCUGUGCUAAAUGCUACAAUUCUUCUGAAGUCAAAAGUCCAGGCCAUCAGUCGAACGGAGAACAAUGUAACAGUUUCGUACCAAGACUGUCGUAACCCCUCCACUCUCACCAACAUAACUGCUGAUUAUGUCUUAGUGACAGCCACGGCCAAAGCAACACUCUUAACGGAUUUUAAUCCACCUUUAUCGUCUUUAAAGAUGGAAGCGCUGCGAUCACUGCACUAUUCUAGCUCAACCAAAGUGGUGCUAAGUUUCAGCAAAAGGUUCUGGGAGAAUGAUGAUGGCAUUAAGGGUGGUAAAAGCAUCACAGAUCUGCCGUCACGGUUCAUUCACUACCCCAGCCAUAGCUUCCCCGGGAUAUCAGGGGGGGCCGUGUUAGCAUCUUACACCUCCUCAGAUGAUGCUGCACUCCUCCAGACCAUACCGGAUGAUGAAUUGAAGGCUCUGGUAUUGAAUGACUUGGUGAAGAUCCAUGGAGAACACAUCCGCCAUCUCUGCACGGGGGGUGUUGUGAAAAAGUGGGGAAUGGAUCCUUAUAGCCAUGGUGCCUUUGCCAUCUCCACUCCAUAUCAGAUGAUAGACUAUGACCAAAUUCUAGCUCAGAAUGAGGGGAGGAUUCACUUCGCCGGAGAGCAUACAGCCAGACCCCAUGCUUGGAUUGAGACUGCCAUAAAAUCUGCUCUAAGAGCAGCAAAGGAUAUAAAUAACAAUGUAAAGUAG